AUGACCUCAAGAGUUCAAGGAGAAAGGGCAAUUCCACUUUGUCUUCCUGGCAAUUAUCAAUGGGACCCGGAAACAAUGAAAUGCACCAAAACUGGAGAAGAACGCUCCUACAUGUAUGUGGUAGAGGAGGCACUCAAAAAGCUUAGGAGGAUCAAAGGUCCUGUCUGCGUGGUGUCUAUUACUGGACCAUAUCGCAAGGGAAAAUCCUACAUUCUGAGCGAGGCUUUUCAUCAGCCAGACGUUUUCCCACUUGGGCACACUAUGUUGGCUGAGACAGUGGGAAUCUGGAUGUGGAUUUUGCCAGAAAAAUUAAAGGACUGCAAUGGCCAAGAAGUUUCAGUUGUACUUCUAGACACUGAGGGAACUGAAUCCGCUCAGGGAACUGGUUUUGAUGAUCAUCAAAUCUUUACACUCACCGUAUUGGUUUCUUCGGUACUCAUCUACAAUUCUUCAGCUGUAGCCAAUAGACGAGAUCUGGAGGAACUAGAGUUUAUUGUUAAUUUGUCUCAGCGAAUACAAGUUAGAUCAAGGUCUGAGUGUGAUGUUGGACCUGAAGAUUCAGAUAUUUUCCACGAAACCUUUCCUUACUUUGUUUGGCUGCUCAGAGAUGUGACCCUAUCAUUACCAAGUGAUUGCAGCAACGUAAAGGACUACUUUUUAACAAAGGUUUUUCAAGAAGUGGCUACAAGCGAGAAGAGCAAGGAAGCCACCCAUAGCAUUCUUAAGUUUUUUUCUGGGUUUGACGCCUUUGCUUUGCCUCUUCCCACAGAUAAAAUGGAAGUACUUCAUAACAUAAGCAACAGUAAGGAUACUCUAAGUGCUCAUUUUCUCAAAGAUUUGCGUCAAUUUCAGCUUUUCAUGAAGGAUGUCAUCGUCGCAAAAAAGAGUGUCAAAACAGAAGAACCUGUCACUGGGGAAG